AAACAAAACAAAAAGUAUCAAGCAUUUACCGGCUAUUUUCUUACAAUACUGUUUAAAACAUAGAAGUAAUCUUGACUAUAAUUUUUUUUUUCAAUCGGCCAAACAAAAUCUUAACAUGACUACCUGGUUACCAUUGGAAUCUAAUCCGGAGGUAUUGAACAAUUAUCUGGGAAAACUGGGUGUGUCGCCGUUGUGGAAUAUCGUAGACAUCUACGGUGUGGAUGACGAGCUCUUAGCAUUCGUUCCUUCUCCGCUAAAAUCGUUAAUUUUUUUGUUCCCAUGCUCUGAUGUCUACGAGGAAUUCCGUGCGAAAGAAGACGAAGAAUUGAAAGCGAAAAACAUCGAACAUCCAAAAAAGUUAUUUUACACUCGUCAAUAUGUGCAUAAUGCAUGUGGAACUAUUGCUCUAGUGCAUGCUAUACUGAACAAUCCUGAUAUUGAGCUAGAGGAGGGUGGUGUGCUUAAGAAGUAUUACGAUGCUACUAAAGACAAAACUCCCGAAGAGCGAGGAAAGGUACUAGAGCAUGAUGCUGGGUUUAUCGAAUCACACGAAAGUGUUGCGAACGAAGGCCAAACACCGGCUCCUGAUAUUAACAUUAAAGUUUUUCAUCACUUCGUUGCAUUUGUUCAUUUUGAUGGAAAACUAUACGAAUUAGAUGGAAGGAAAAAUUUUCCCGUCAUUCACGGUGAAACCAAUCCAGAGAAUUUGUUGCAAGAUGCUAUCGCAGUAUGCAAAAAGUACAUUGCUCGUGAUCCAAACGAAGUACGUUUUUCAUUGUUGGGGUUAGUACCUACUCAAUAAAGGAAUCGACAUUUAUUAUCAUCUAUGUGAAAUAGUGACCUCAGGAGAGAUUUCUGAUAUGAAUUUAAUCACUAUCCAUAACAAUUGAGCAUAUGUGAUCAAUACCGAAACAAUAAGUCUGCUUUGGAGCGAUGUGUUUACGAAUAAACUCAAAUUUGAAUUGAA